AUGGGCGGUUUAACAACCCAUGUUUUAGAUACGGCACAUGGCAAACCCGGCAGCGGCAUCCCGCUGACGCUACAUCGCGUCAGCGCUGAACGAGAGUUGCUGGUUACGACGGUCACCAACAGCGAUGGCCGUACGGACCUGCCCCUGCUUGAUGAUAACAGCCAGGUACCCGACACGUAUGAGCUGACCUUUUCAGUUGCUGAAUAUUUCAGAAAGACCGGGGCCAUCGACGACGCGGCAUUCCUCGACAGCAUCACGCUGCGUUUCACCAUUACCGACAGCAGUCAUUAUCACAUCGUUCAUUGCCUGGAUGACACCGAAGCAGGACUGCAGUUUUUUACUGACGGUAUGUUGCUGGUAAAAGAUGGCAAGGUCAUCGAACUGGGACCUGCCGAAAAUAUACGUGCUCAACUUUCUGCAGACAGCCUGAUUAUUGAUCAUGGUGAACACCUGAUUUGUCCGGGACUGAUUGACUGCCACGUCCACUUUCCGCAGCUGGAUGUCAUUGCAUCUUAUGGCGCGCAGCUGCUCGAUUGGCUGGAAACCUAUACGUUUCCCUCAGAGGCACGUUACGGCGACCCUGAAAUUGCACAGGCAGACGCAAACUUUUUUAUUGAUGAGUUACUGCGUAACGGCACCACCACCGCACUGGUAUUCGCCUCUGUGCACCCGACAUCUGUUGACGCAAUUUUUACUGCCGCACAACAGCGCAAUAUGCGUUUAGCUGCGGGCAAGGUACUCAUGGAUCGAAACUGUCCCGCUAACCUGCAGGAUACACCGGCAAGUGCAUACCACGACUCGCGCGAACUCAUCGAAAAAUGGCAUCACCAGGACCGCCUGCUGUAUGCCAUCACGCCGCGAUUUGCGGUAACCAGCAGUGAUGCGCAGCUGGCAGCCGCCGGACAACUCGCGGAGGAGUUUCCCGACACAUUGAUACACACCCACCUGUCUGAAAAUUUAGACGAAGUGGCCUGGAUCACUGAACUGUUCCCACAUGCUCGCAGCUAUCUGGAUGUUUACGCCCAACACGGCUUACUACGGGAACGAUCAGUUUUUGCUCACUGCAUUCACCUGCACGAAGAAGACUAUCAGGAGUUUGCACAGCACGGCGGUGGUAUGGCGUUCUGUCCGUCGUCAAACCUGUUUUUAGGCAGCGGCUUAUUUGACCUGAAAAAAGCCCAUGCUUAUGGCGUCAACGUUGGUCUCGGCACCGAUGUGGGUGGCGGCACCAGUUUCAGCCUGCUGCAAACCAUCAACGCAGCCUAUAAAGUCCUGCAGAUGCAGAAACAGAGCCUGCACAGCGCCGAGGCGCUUUAUCUGGCCACGUUAGGCGGCGCUAAAACCUUAGGGAUCGACGACAAAGUUGGGAAUUUUCUAUCUGGCAAAGAGGCCGACUUCAUUAUUCUGGACAACACGCCAACCCCACUGCUUGCACGUCGACUGGCACAAGCACAUACACACAAGGAUGCAUUGUUCAUGCACAUGAUUCUGGGUGACGAUCGUUCCAUCAGUGAAACGUACAUACUGGGUGAACGGGUUUACAAAAAAGGCACCGUGUCCUCAUGA